UACUAUGUGACACAGAGGCUGAACCAUGUGGAACAGGUCGUGUCGAUUUCGCAGUUGAGGCGUCUUCUACAGUUCUUUUCAAUUUGUCUUUAUCAUGCAUGGUAUUUAUAGCUGUAGUUUAUACACGGUGUAACGACGCUGCUGUUAGUGUGUUGAGCCUGUUUAGCGGUUCUAAGUCGAGCUGAAAAUGGGGAAAUCAAAGACUAAGAAUCAGAAGAAAGCUCGGUCUGUAGCCAACCAUGUGGCCGAGGAGACGUACGGCUCCGUGCCCCACUCCUUCGUCUUCCAUCGGGGCCAAGUGGGAAAAAACGUGGGCCAGCUCAUCCAGGACAUGCGGAGAACCAUGCAGCCCUUCACUGCAGAGUCUCUCAAGGUGAGAAAGAAGAAUGUGCUGAAAGACUUUGUGGCCAUAGCGGGUCCACUGGGAGUAACUCACUUCAUGAUAUUCGGCAAAACAGAGAGCACUGUCAAUAUGAGACUUGCCCGUCUUCCCAAGGGCCCAAUGCUUUAUUUCAAAGUACUCAAGUAUUGUCUCGUCAAAGAUGUCGUGUCCUCUCUGAAGAAGCACCGGAUGCACGAGCAGCAGUUCACUCAUCACCCUCUUCUCAUCCUCAAUAACUUCGGAGUUGAUGGCAUGCACGUGAAGCUCAUGUCUACCAUGUUUCAGAACAUGUUUCCUUCCAUAAAUGUGCACAAGGUCAGUCUCAACAACAUCAAGAGGUGUGUGCUGCUUAAUUAUAACCCUACAACCAUGGAAAUUGAUUUUCGACACUACAGCCUGAAGGUGGUCCCUGUGGGAAUGAGCCGUGGCGUCAAGAAGCUGAUGCAGGAGAAGUUUCCCAACAUGAGCAAGUUUGAGGAUAUCAGUGAGCUGCUGAUGAAAGGAGCGAACCUUUCAGAAAGUGAAGCAGAGCAGGACGGAGAGCACAACAUAACGGAACUCCCGCAGGUCUACUCUGGAAGAGGAAACAUGGCGUCCCAGCAGAGCGCCGUCCGUUUGACUGAAAUCGGUCCUCGCAUGACUCUGCAGCUGACGAAGAUUCAAGAAGGGAUGGGAGAGGGAAACAUCCUCUAUCACUCUUUCAUCUCCAAAUCAGAGGAAGAGAUACAGGAGAUCCUGAACAGAAAGGAGGCCAAGCUGAAGGAGAAGGAGCAGCGCCGGCAAAAACAGCAGCAGAACAUUGCUGAGAAAAAGGAGAAGAAAGAGGAACUCAAAAAGAAGAGCCUGCAGGGCAUCAAAAGGAAGCAGGCAGAAGCUGAGGAGGACAGCGAGGUGGAGGAUCCCGGAGCGCAGGACGGCCAGACGGCUGCCGUCGAGUCUGACGAUGAGGUGGAGUACUACAGACAGGCUGUCGGCCAGGAGCCAGAUGAAGACAUGUUUCCCAGUGCUAAGAAAAGACGCUUCUCAGAGAAGUCUCCCGGCCCUGCCAAGAAGCAGAAGAAGCAGCUGACCCCUCGUCAGGGCAAAGACGGGAAAUCGCCAAAGAGGAAAGGUCCGGGAGGACAGCACAGAGACAAAAUGGACAAGAAACAGAAAAAGGGAUGGAACAAGCCAAGAGAUGGGGAGAAGUCAUUUGGAAAAAAUACAAAGCCCGGAGGAAAGCCGUUCAGAGCAAAGAAACCCUUCGAUAGGGACAGUAAAUUCGGUGGGAAGAAGAAAUUUGAUAACAAGAAUAAGAGCAAGAACUUUAAAUCUAAAGGUCAGAAAGGAAAGCCAACCUUCAAGAAGAGCGGCUCGGGACCAAAGCAAGGCUUCAAACAGAGGAAGGGCAAAGGCUGGAGCAUGAUGAGCAACUUUAAAGAAUGUGAGAAGUUUCAGAUCAGCCUGCUGCCUGCCAUGUAUGGCAUUGAGUUCGUGGCGGCCCUGGCGGGGAAUGCGUUCGCCCUGUGGCUGUUGGUGGUCAGAGAGAGGACGCACUGGCACACGGGAGUCGUCCUGUCCUGCAACCUGGCCGUCAGCGACCUGCUGUACGUCCUCACCCUCCCGCUGCUCAUUGACUACUACUCCAAGGGGAAGAACUGGUUGUUCGGAGACGCCAUGUGCAAAAUCGAGAGGUUUCUUUUCACCUGCAACCUGUAUGUGAGCAUCUUCUUCAUCAUGGCCAUCAGCGUGAACCGAUGCGUGGCCCUGCGCUGCCCCUUCUUCACCCGUUCCCGUGUGGAGCCUGUUCACGCCAAGGUCGUCAGCAUCGUCAUCUGGGUGGUUGUGGCCGUCAUUUCCUGUCCCGUGUUCAGGUUUUCCUCCGUUUGUCCCAGUCCGCACAACAACCACACUCUGUGUGUGUCCUACUGUGACAAAGUGCUGCUAGAUGAGAAGAAAAACUUCACCUACAAAUUGUUCCUGGCUAUAUUUGGGUGUCUCGUUCCCUUUCUGGUCACUCUCACUUCUUACUGCGUGGUCAUUUCUGUCGUGUGGCACAAUGCGAACAUAACCGCACUUGAAAAACGCAAAGUGGCCCUGCUGGUCUCGUCAGUGCUCGUGCUGUAUGCCAUUUCCUUUGUGCCUUAUCACGUCUCUCAGGUCUAUCACUUGUACCGGAGGAUCCACCACCCCCAGACCCCCGUCUGCUGGGUCUACAACAUGUACCAGGUGUCCAAGGGUCUGGCCACUCUCAACAUGUGCAUCCAUCCAAUCCUUUACAUGGCCGUGUUCGACAGCAUCAGAGUGGCAUGCUGCGGAAAGAGCCCAGAAGAUAACAUCAGAGAGAUGGUGAAGAAAUAGAGCUCUGGUUUAGUGUGUUUUUCCACUGACAUGCGUCCUCAUUUCAUGCAGCUGAGUUUAAAGUUAGUUCUGACAACACUGUAUUUACAUUUCAGAUUAUGGCUCUUCUUCAUAUAUUAUUGUAUUGCUAUUCUUUACUUUUAGCUAUGAUAUUUAGCCGUUUGUUAUUAAGUAUUCAAUUCUCUUUUUUCAGUAUCUAUCA